AUGGCGGCCACAAGCAAGUUGCAGCGGCCUUGCUCCAUCCACGUCAGGGGCAGCGCCGGCUCAUGUGCCAGGGCUUGCUUCGUGGCUGGUAAUGGCGGCACCGACUCAUGCACCACGGCUUGCUUCGUCGUCGUCUGGGGCGGCACCGACACAUGUACCAGGGCUUGCUUCGUCGUUGGCAAGGGCGGAACCGACUCAGGUACCAGGGCUUGCUUCGUCGUCGUGAGGGGCAGCGCCGACUCAUGUGCAAGGGUUUGCUCCGUCGACGUCAGGGACAGCACCGACUCGUGCACCACGGCUUGCUUCGUCGUUGGCAAGAGCGGCGCCGACUCAUGUACCAGGGCUUGCUUCGUCGUCAGGCGCGGCGCCGACUUCUGUACCAGGGCUUGCUUCGUCGUUGGCAAAGGCGGCACCGACUCACGUACCAGGGCUUGCUUCGUCGUUGGCACGGGCGGCGCCGAAUCAUGCGCCAGGGCUUGCUUCGUCGACGUCAGGGGCAGCGCCUGCUCAUGUGCCAGGGCUUGCUUCGUCGGUGGCAAGGGCGGCACCGAAUCAUGCGCCAGGGUUUGCUUCGUCGGCGUCAGGGGCAGCGCCGACUCACGCGGCCUGCUCGGCGGCGAGGGCGCCUUCGGGCCCUCGGCGGAGCGGGGCAGCGCCUGGCUGCUGGGGGCCCUCGCCUACGACUGCGGCCUGGGCCUGCUGCACGUGCCUGCCGGGCGCGAUGGCGCCGCCCCGCGCCCGCGCGGCGCGCUGAUGGCCGCGCCGCCCCUGCGGCAGGCCGCCGCAGGGUGGCCGCGGCCGCCGCCGAUGCAGGCGGCCCUGGUGGCGGAGGCCGAGCGCGCGCUGCGGCCGCUGCUCGCCCCGGGCGGCCUGCGACCCCGCGGCCCGGGCGGCGCCCUCGGGCCCCCGGGCUUCGGCGUGCCCCGCCCGGGCCGCCCCACCUGGGUGGCGGCCGCCGAGCACCCCGCCAAGGGCCCGGGCGCGCCUCCGGUGUCGCAGUUCCCCGGCGAGGGCCUCGCCGAGGAGGACGUGGAGGAGUGGCUUCGCGCGCACGGCGUGGACGAGAGCGCGCAGGCGGCCGUCCUGCAGCUGAGCUCCUGCCUGCAGAGGCAGCUCAUGCAGGAGUGCGGCCUCGACCGCGUGCGGAAUCCUUCGGCCUUCCUCAUGAGGAGGGUCCGCGACAUGCGCAACGGCCACGCGCGCGCGCCCCGGGACGGCACCGCGGCCAGGGUUGCGGACUUCACCGCGCCAGUCCUUGAGGUGGGCUCCGCGUUGGCCUCCUCGUCCACGGCCCCCGUGCCACCGGACCAGGCCCCCGCGCCACGCGGCCGGGAGUCCGAGGACCCCAUGAAGGCUUUCUUCGACGGCCGGCCGGAGAAGAGCGGUGGCAGCCGCGCCUGGACCGAUGCUGCCGCAGAGGUCGAGGCCUACCUGUCGCGCAACGGCAUCGGCGACCACCAGGAGGUGGCGCGCCUUCUCAGGGACCUCCUGCCGGAGCAGCAGCGGCAGGUCAUGGAGUCCGACCUGGCCGACGCGCGUGACCGGGUGGCCGCCCUCAGAUCGCGCAUCUCGAAGGUCCGGCAUGGCGAGCUGGCCUGCCCUCAGCGGCACGCCUCGCCCGGCGGCGCGAGCGCGGGCACAGGCUGGCACGGCCGCGAGGGUGGUGAGGCGCGCUGGGGGGCCUUGGCGAGCGAUGCUGCGAGGCCCGCUGGCGGCGCCGACCUGAGGGCCGGGGCGUCCGACGAAGGCGCGUGCAAGGAGGAGGUCGAAGCAUUCCUGAGCCACUCCGGCAUCGACGAGGACGCCAGCUGGAGCUUCCGAAAGUUGAGCCCCGAGCUCCAGCGAUUGGUGAUGGAGACCGACCUCAGCAUCGGCAACGUGCGGAACCCCUCGGCCUACUUGCUGUCGCUGGUGGGGAAGGCUCGGAGGGGCGAGCUCGGGCACAAGAGGCGACGAGGGCCAGGCGCUGCUGGCCCAGGCGCAGGCGCGCCGGAUGGCCCUGUGGACCAUUGGGGCCAGACCUCGGAGCGGCCUGGCCAGCGCGGCUGGAGCGAGCUGGCGCCUCUGCCGCCCGCGCCGCCGCCCACGGCGGAAGGGCGGCCCCCAACCCUGGAGGACGCUCGCGGGCAGCCCCCCGCUCAGCGGCCGCACUGGGACGAGUGGGGCUCGGACAGCCUCGCUGCGGCACUCCCCGACAUCAGCGCGGCGGCCGAGGGGCAGGCGGCCACGGCCGCGCUGGCCGCACUGCCAGGGGGCCGCCCCCAGCCGGACAGGGGCGUCCGCGACGCUGCGGGCGGAGGCAGCGGCGACGACGACCUCGAGCUCGGCGUGGAGGGCUUCCUGCGACACCACGGCAUCGACGCAAAGGCCUGCCAGGCAGUGCGCGCACUGCCGCCGGAGCUGAAGCGAGAGAUGCUGCAGUCGGACCCCAGCGAGAUGAAGAACCCGUCGGCCUUCGUGAUGCGGCGCGCGCAGAGGCUCAGGGAGGAGGCCCAGGGCGCGGCGUUCGGCAGGGGCCCUGCCGACCCGCAGGGCGGCCGUGACGCCCUGCCGCUGGAGAGAGACGCGCCGGCCUCGGUGGCCAAGUCCUCUGCGCUGCCCGGCUGCCUGCCUGGCAGCUGCCGGGCUGGCGCCAAGGAGGACGACGAGAUGCUGUCGGUCAUAGACACGAUCAGGAAGCUCACUGGCACCCUGGAGACUGGGAGGGAGGCGCGUGGGGAGGCCCGGCGCUCGCGGUCCAGGGACGAGCGGCGGAGGCCGAGGGCGCGAGGCGGCGAGGACGCAGGGGCCGCCUUCGUCCUCCGCAGGCUCGAUGGCCCCGCUGGGCUGCCCGCCGCGGUGCCCGUGUUCGCGGAUUCCAGGCCGCUCUCGAUUGGGCGCGGUGUUUCCAGCGACCUCGCGCUUCCCGUCCAGCACAUCUCCAAGGCCCACGCGCUGCUCACGGUGCUGCAGGCCGCCGACGGCAGCAGGAGGCUCAUGCUCGAGGACACCUCCUCGAACGGCACCUGGCUGAACGAGAAGCAGGUCACGCCCAACCGCCACAUCGAGGUGAAGCACGGGGACGUGAUCAGCUUCCUGCCACCGCCGUCGGUCAGCGGCACCGACGCCAUGCCGCCCACGUACGAGGUCGUCGAGGGCAGCCGGCUCAAGGCCGCGCGCGGCUCGGCCGGUGCGCUCGGGCGGCCCAGGACAGCUCGGAGGGACCGCUCCGGCGGCCGAGGCGGCAGCGGGCCGCGCAGCCGCAGCAGGAGCUCCGCCCGCGCCGUCGCGGCUGCUCGGCAGGCCCACGACCGGCCGCCUCGCGGCGGCGUGGCCCACAGCGACCCCUACGGCGGGGGCGGCGGCGCCGACGGCCUCGCGGACCCCGCGCGCCAGGCCAGGAGCCGCGGCCACGGGCCGGCGUACGACCUGGAGCUGGGGCGUCCGCCGUCCAGGCGCGAGCCAGCCCUCGGCGAGGCCGGGGCGGCGGCGGCCGCGGGCGCGGGCGCCGGCGGCGGGCGCGCGGCGCACCCUGCGGUAAGCACGGAGGAGACGUCCGUGCAGCAGUGGCUGCAGUCCCUGGGCCUCGGUCCCGACGCGGAGGAGCUGUGCGGGCGAGUCGCCGGCAUGUACGUGGACCUCCGGCAGAUCCGCAACCUCUACGGGGGCGAGAGCCCCGACGACUUCUUCGAAGACUGCGCCAUCGAGUCGCCGGCGCACCAGGAGGUGUUCCGGCGCGCGCUCGAGCGGCUCCAGGCCUCCCCGCCGUGACGCGCCAGGGAUGCUCCGCGCACGCGGGCCGCAGCGGUGUUGGCGCGCAGGAGCAGCGGCGGCGCACUGCGGAUGGCGCGACCUGCCCUAUGAGACGCAGAUGUUCCAGGGACGCGGGGUGUGGCGCUUCCUUCUUGGCCCCCUCCUUCUCGAAGGCCCAGAAAUCCAUGAGCAGAUUGUUCUUCGCCGUUGCAGCGCACGGCGGGACGCCAAGCAUCAACACGGAAGGCUGAAGCUUGAGCUUAAGUUUCAACGUUGGACUCCGCGUGCGAGGCGAGGCGAGACGCGUGCGAGGCGAGAGCGGUUUGGGGAGGUCCAGGGAG